AUGCACGCCGCGGUUUCGGCGCGGCUGGAUUCGCUGGAGUCCUGGGCCUUCCACGCGCUGCUGGUGCUGCCCUAUAUGUUUUACGUGGGCUUGUUCUUCGUCAACGUGCUGAUCCUCUACUAUGCCUUCCUGAUGGAGUACAUCGUCCUCAAUGUAGGCAUCGUCUUCCUGCCCGAGGACAUGGACCAGGCUCUGGUGGAUCUCGGGGUGCUCUCCGACCCCGGCUCUGUGCCCUACGAGACGGACAGCGAGCUCGAUGUCUUCGAGGGCUACUUGGAGUGACGGCGGGGUUGGGGCCGCCUGUCCCGGCGAGGCCGGAGCCCGGGCACGGCCGCGAUGCGGUUCGGCUCCUCCCGCUGCUCUCGCAUCCCGCUGCCGGGCGGCUGGACACGCCGGAGGCUCGCGGGGAGUGAGACUCUUCGCAGAUUUUGUUAUGCCUUUUGCUCCUGAAAUGGUGCACCCCUCCUGCCUCAGGACCCCUCGUGCCGGACAGACUAACGUAUUUUCUACCGAACCUCUGCUCAAAGCACAGAACGAGAAGAACAGGAGAGAGGCUCUGUUUUGCCCUGCGGCACAGCGAGAGCCUUUUCAUAGAGCUCCAUGCUUAAAGCAGAUCUGUUAGCAGAUUCAUUAAGCACCUGAAAUGGAUUAUGACCAGGUUAAUGGACCAUGUCAUGGAAAGAAAAUAUACUCUGAAAUGUAGAGGUGAAAAGAAGGACAGUGGGACAGCAAGAAGGGUUGUCAUCAGACCUUGUCAGUUGUGACUUUUCUCCAUGGUCGUUGCCUUCUGAGUGUGCACUAACUGCAGUGAUUCACGCACCGUACUGGGCUUCCAUAGGUAAUUCUGGGAUGGACUGUAUGAAAAAUUAAUAUAAGCUAUGUUCUAUUAUAAAAGAAAAAUCAAGGUGUUACUCAGAUUUGCUAAACUUUUGAAUAAAUACCAUGUCACUCAAGUGGACACACUCUACAUCCUGCUUAUGCAAGUUUUACAAUCACACAUUGAAAACUCUACCAGCCAGCAGUUCAAAGACAGGGCUCUCUCAGGGGAAGAUACACAGGAGAGAUUGUAAGGAGGUUCUGUUCAGGGCAGUUUGACGGCAAGAACUGUGCCAGUAAGAUAUUUUAUUUAAACUGUGAGUUUUGAAAUAGAUCAGAGAGUGAAUUUUAUAUAAGUCAAAUGGAUUCAUUAUCUAACACAGGAUACUUUGCACAUUGUUUAAGCUUACGUUCCUAAGUACAGAUGUGAAAGCAAUACAAUAAAGACUUACUUUUUCCAUGAAGAAGUUAAACAGUCGUGUUGGAGUUGUUUUUUUUCAAUCUGAAUGCAAAAAUAAUUGAAAUAAGCUUUUCAGGAAAUUCCGGUCUUCCUAUAGGUACCUGGAAGUAGUUCCAGACUGUUGAGAUGGCCAGCACGUAGAAAUCCUUCUCACAAACAACUUGAAAAACCAGAGCUGAAAUUUCAGAAACUCUAGUGGGAGGGAACACCAUGUUAUUGAGGGCAGGUGGUGUACUGGGUUUGCCUUAUGCUUAUACUUUUUAGGAAAGUCUGAUUUUCAUAACUGCAGUUGUUAAACCAAGUUGACGUAUCAAGAACAUUUCAGAUUCUCAAAUUCAGUCACUGUAAAGUGCAGCUGUGGAAUAAAUCCCUAAGGGGGCAUUUGUCAUCCAAAGCUUAGUUAAGAGAAGCCAAGACAAGGGUUUACCAUAAAUCUGCAUGGCUGGAAUGCUUCAGGCUGAUGGGACUAUCACAGACAAUUUGAGUCAAACUACCUC